GGCGAUCAAAGGGUUAACUGUGUGCAGGGAGUGUUUUACUAAGGGGCCGUGUCAGUGUGCUUCACUGUAAGAACACUGCUUUGGAUGGCUGUGCUGUGCAUCUAGAGCAGUACAGCUUUAAGCAAUAUGCUUAAAGUGAAGCACAUACACAGCCAACAUAGUGAAAUAGCACAGAGUUAACCCUUUGAUCGCCCCAGAUGUUAGCCCCUUCCUGCCCAGUGCCAUUAGUACAGUGUCAGUGCUUUUUAGUAGCACUGAUCACUGUAUUGGUGUCACUGGGGAUGUCAGUGACACAAAGUCAGUUUCCCCACUGUCAGAAUGCCCACCGCAGUCCUGUAGUCCCGCUAUAAGUCUCUGA